CACACCUUCUGGCUCAGCCCCGGGCUUUUCUCGACGGGCGAGGCUCCCCCGAGGAUCUGACAAUAAAGUGCGACCAGUUCUGUUGUGGGCCACUUUCGCUUCUUGAUUCUUGAUGGAUGACUCUUUUUGGGCCUUGAUUGAUUGAUCCAUGAUGGGGAUUCGUUGACUCGGCGUUCUUUCUUUGAGUUCUUGAGACCUCCGUUGCCGGUCCUUUAUCUCGCCGCAUCUGCCAACUCCUUCCCCUAGUCUCACCACAGCAAAGCGACGAGAACUUCUCAAUUCAGAGGCAUAAAGCCCCCACCAAUUUGGUAUGGCUCUGAAAAUGAAGAGGAGAAAAGAGGAGAAAGUCGUGUACGACCCGUUCCGUGAGGUGCUCUCUAAAGAGGUGAUCUCUGCCGAACACAAAGAUCGCUACCAGUGCGUUCCCGUGAAAGGGCGAAGUAAACACAUCGAGAUCUAUCUGGACGUUGGACAUGGAUCCGCGAAGACAACUACGCUACUUGCUCGAGUAGACAUCCGCCAGCUUGGAAUGUCCGAAUGGCUACAACGAUACUUGGGGAAUACCCAAGAGAUAUGGGUCAAGGGGCGGGCACCUUCAACACACAAAAUUAGGACAUGGCCACUCAUGGGUAAAUCGGGUUGCGGUUUAGAAACACCGGAACUAAGGCAAUACCCUGCGUCGUUUCAUAAUGUAUGAAGGGCGAGGAGUUUGGCGUUCGGGGAAAUCGUUGGGCAUUCUGUUUCAGCGUCGUACAUAGGCACUUGCAUAUACUUUAGCGUUAGGUGCGCACCUCGCGGUGACUAGAGAUUCGGCGUUCUAUUGCAAUAUCUGGGUACUGAAGGUGUCUUGCAUUACUUAAAGGGGGGGGCGGUAUUAUUCUUCUUUUCUUGAUAUUAUUUUUACCAUAUUUGUUAUCCUCAUUUGACAGGGGACUAUUUCCGUGGGAUGCGCAUCAGAACCGUUACUCUGCCACAUUUCGAUCCUACUUCAAAUACUUUAUUUUUCCUUCUACUUGACGGAAGAGCGAGACUUCGUUCAAAUAGUCGUUUCAUAUUCUUGUCCCUCACGAGGUUUUGAAAUACAUACUCUCUAACCGUCGAUCACUUAAAUUAUGAACCAG